AUGCUCUUUUGUUGAAAUAUUCCAAGAAGUCGGAGCUGUGGACGGCCCAGGAGACUGCUGUGUACCUGGGGGACUACCUGAGGGUGACGAAGAAGGGCAGACAGAGGAACGCCUUUUGGGUUCAUUAUCUCCAUCAAGAAGAAACGCUGGGGAGGUACGUUGGGAAGGAGUAUAAGGAGCCGAAGGCGCUGUGGCCGCACUUCGCCGACGUGGAGCGCCAGGCGACCGCCCAGCACUACGUCACGGAAUUCAACAAGCGACUUUAUGAGCAGCAGAUCCCAACCCAGAUCUUCUACGUCCCCUCCGCGGCGCUGCUGAUUUUAGAGGACAAGACGAUAAAAGGGUGUGUCAGCGUGGAGCCUUACAUACUGGGGGAGUUUGUGAAAUUAUCCAAUAACACGCAAGUGGCGAAGACCGAGUACAAAGCCACCGAAUACGGCUUGGCUUUCGGCCACUUUUCUUACGAGUUUUCCAACCACAGGGAUGUCGUGGUAGACUUACAAGGCUGGGUGACCGGCGACGGGAAGGGGCUGCUCUACCUGACGGACCCCCAGAUCCACUCGCUGGGCCGCAGAGAGGUCACCACCAACUUCGGGAGCCAGGGCAUCUCCUACUUCUUCAACCACCAGCACGCGCAGUGCAACGACAUCUGCCGGCGUCUCUCCCUGACAAGACCGCCAACGGAGACGCGGAACAACUCGUAGGCUUUCUGGGGGUGCGACAGCCUCGAGAGCC